AAUUAAAAACUAUUUUUAUUAAAUUGAAAUUAUUUUUAUUGAAUUGUAAUUAUUUUAUUAAGGUGAAGAGAAUUGGGUCAUAAAAGUAACUUUAGGUAUGUGCUAGCUUAUUCAAAACAUUGGAUGUAACCAACUAGAAAUCCUUUGAAUGGAAAAGGAAAUAUGAAGAUGCCUUAUCAAAGCAGAAAACUGAAGGAUAUGACGUUUCUGCAGGCAGCUGCUUUUGAGUCUAGGGGCAGCACUGCUGAAGCAAGUCUGGCUGUUCUUCAAGAACAAGCUCGGUCUACAUAAGAAGCAGAGUUAUGGUGAUGGAAGUAUGAUAUUGCUGCUAGGGAGGCAAAAUCAUCCCCUGGAAAGGCAGCUUCUAUGCAAGAACAUUUCAUUGAGGGAAAGUAUGCUAAGAGCUGAUUAUGCCUAAGACUUUAACUGAAAAGGUUCAGUGGCCCUUUUGUAGCAAUGAAGUACAGUAAUUGCAUUGAUGAAUGGUCAACUGACGACUUUAUGGUGCAACUUCAGCAUUUUUGUGAUGCAUCAACCGCAUUUAUGCACUUUGUUAUUCCAUUGGAACUUAUCUAUUUCAUCCGAAUGUAUAAAGUUUUUCCUAGCAAAUUGGCAAUCAUUUAUUUUGGAACUUUCUCCAUUCUCUGUGGGGUAAGUUAUUUGACUGACUUGUGGAGAUACUCUCGGUACUAUAAGUACUCAGAAACUUCUGCUUUGGUGAUAAAGAUUGUGCAAGUUUGUGCUGCUGUGGCAUCAUGGUUGACAGUUGUGGUUAUGUAUUUUGUGACACCAAAAUUUUUAAGAAUAAGAGAAAAUGUACAUCUUCUCGAGAACAGGGUUGAUGAUCUCAGUAGAAAAAAAAGCCUUCUGCUUCGUAAAGUAGCAACAAGAAGAUCCAUUGUAAACCUAAUAGAUGUUAUUCGAAGCACCGUUUACGGGUACGACAUUGUUGAGUCAACUCUUGUUGGGCUGGGAAAGAUUUUCGACUUGGAGGAAUGUUCAUUUUGGUUUCCAUCGCACACUAAUAAAAGCCUGCAGCUUUCUCACUCUUUGAACCACGUAUAUUCUGUUGGUUCUGUUGUGCCUAUGAACCUUCCUUUUGUUUCCAAAAUCAUUAAUGCUGUUGGGGCCGUGAGGAUACCGUACACCUGUCCCUUGGUGAGGGCAAAUAAAUGCACCAAGAGAGCCAUGAAGUUUGAGGCUGUGGCCAUAAGAGUACCUCUUUCAUUCUCUGAAUCGGAUGACUCACUUAAUGCUUGUGUGAUGAGCUAUGCAGUGAUGGUUCUGGUUCUCCCUCCAGAUAAUAUCAGGAAGUUCCGUAAGUAUGAACUGGAACUUCUGGGAGCUGUUGUAAAACAGGUAUCAGUUGCACUUGGUCAUGCUUCAACUAUCGAAGAUUCAUUUAUGGCAAGGUAUCAUCUUAAGGAGCAACUUUCUUGUAAGGAGGUGGGUUUAUGGGGCAUCAUGAAAGCUCUCCACAAUCCUGAUGAUUAUAAGACUGAAAAUUUCAAUCCAAUGGAAAUACCUCUGUGUGAUGUGUCAUCUUUUCUUCAAGAUAAUACAUCUGUCAUCUUUUCUGUGGAAACACUGUUACAAAAUGAGAAAGAUGGUAUGCUUGUUUUGAAUAUUAGGGCUUUCCACCUUUCGGAGGUCAUAAAGCAGGUUUUUAACGUCAUAAAGGUUGCAGCAGAAGUGAAAAAAUUAUCACUCUCUCUUGUUUUAGCCCCUGAUUUGCCUGUCAAAGCUUUGGGGGACAUAGAAAGGCUAAUGCAAGUUAUUCUGAUUGUAAUGGGUAAUGCUGUGAAAUUCACUAAGGAGGGUCAUAUAUUAGUAAAAGCAUCUGUGGUAAAACCCAACCCUCGUAGAGCCUGGCGGCCUUCUAAAUUCCUUUUGGUAUCAAGUGACACUCAUUUUUACUUGAAAGUGCAGGUUGAAGAUUCUGGUUGUGGGAUCGACCCAAAAGAUAUACCAAGCCUGUUUGAUCUUCCAAACACUUCUAAUCGACAUUCUAGUGUCUUACAUGGGCUUCCCAUUUGCAAAUGGUUAGUCGAUGCCAUGGGUGGUGAGAUAUGGGUUGAGAGUGAUGGUUUAGGCAAAGGUUGCACGGCUACUAUCAUCGUGGCACUUGGAGUGUUUGAUUCAGAUUGAUCAUGCAUGAUCUUGGUCAAGAAGGCUGACAAAAUGCUUAGAAACAGUCAUAUUGGUCACGAAGGUUUAAGAACGUGAUUAAGUGCUUACAAAUACUACAAAUAAAUGGCUGGAUGGCCAUUUUACAGCUUUAAAUUAUUCAGUGUUCAGAUUUUUAUCAAACCACAUUAUUUGUGGAAUAUUAUUAUAAAUAAAUGAUUGAAACUCAUCAA